GCUGUUUUAUCGUUGUGCAGGUUGUUUCACCAACAUGGAGCAUUUAGUUUGGUGCAUAUUGGUGUCUCUCACCGUUGCUGCCAAUAGUGAUAAACCGAACUCAAAAACAGUGCUUCCUAACACACCUGAGUCAUCAGACUUAUCGGGGUUUGCUUUGGAAAUCAUCCUUUCCAGAUUGGAAUCAUUGUCCCAUCAAUUCCAAACGUUACAACAAGAGGUACAGAAGCAGCGAGAAUCCAACGACGAAAAUCGAAAACAGUUGCAACAGAGCCACGAGCUACUGGCCAAGAUGCAGCAAGAGAUGCAACAGAAGCACACACUGUCGCAAAAGUCAAUCGCAGAUAUUCGAGGCGUUUUAUCGAAAGAUUUACAACAAAAACUGACCACCUUGGAGCGCGAUCAUAAGCAGAUGCGUAACGUCUUGUUGGAUAUUGAACUCGGUUCAUAUCGGAGCUGCAAAGAUGUUCCCUUAAAAGUGUCCGGACAGUAUAAAAUCCGUGCAAAUGAAGCAUCUCUACCCUUCCGCGCACAUUGUGAGCAGGAACAGUUUGACGGCGGUUGGCUGAUCAUUCAACAUCGCUUUGACGGUACACUGCAUUUCAAUCGUAGUUGGACUGAGUAUCGGAAUGGGUUUGGUGAUGUCAACGGUGAGCACUGGCUUGGUCUCGAGAAGGUUUAUCAGUUUACGAAAGAGCACAAUUGUGAGCUGUUUGUUCAGAUGAUGGAGUCCAACGGUACCUUGAACUCUGCCCGUUACAACGCCUUUGCCAUCGGUAGUGAAGCGGAGCGGUAUAAUCUUAAAAUCCUGGGAACACAUAGUGGAACAGUCGAUAUACUAGCAGGUCAUAAAGGAAUGAAAUUUUCGACCCCAGAUAGAGAUAACGAUCCUGAUGGUCAUCAUCAUUACGCACUAGAGAAUCAUGGUGGAUGGUGGUUCUAUAAUGGCCAAAAUACGUUUUUGAACGGGUUAUAUCGAAAUCCUUUCUUCAUCAAACUUCGCUUUUUCUUAGGUUCUUCGGAAAGACCGGCCCUAAAAUUUUCUCGAAUGUUGAUACGACCAUUGAACUAG